CCUUCGUUGAAAAUAAAGGUUAGUAGAAAGUUUUGGUCGACGCAGCUCGUGUGUUUGCUCUUCAGCUGUAUUAAUGCGCCUACAUCUGUUUGCGCUUGUUUACAUCGACUUGCACGUGUAACCCGCUCAACAGCUGAAACGAGAGGUUUCGUCUUUUUGAUAUUAGUAAUUGUACUACCGAUCGUUGAUGAUGAAGAGCCUCGAAGAGAUGCUCCAGACGCACGGAGGUCGGGACGUGCUUAUUCGAACUUUGGGUUACGCUUGUCUUUUGAGCAGUGGCCUUACAAGAGGAAGUUUAUCACGAAAGUUGAGAGUCGCAAGCUCAGAGUUUAGCCACUGCCGUGUUGUGUGCAGGCUUCUCGACGAUUGGCCGAUGUUGCAGUACAGUUUAUCUUACGGUAUUGGAAAGCAUGAGGAUGACUCCACACUCCAGAUUUUGGGUGUCCUGAAGAACAUUGCUGACCAAGUGUUUUAUCCCAUUGAGCACAUCUCGUGGUUGUGCAACAAAAAAAUAAUCAUGCUUGAUGGCAGCCCCUGGGAGACCGCAGGCACAGUGUUGUGGGCCAUCUCCCUGUACUGUGGAAUUGCAAGGUCACUUCGAACCAUUAACAUCCUUCAACGAAAGCGAGAAAAAUUGUCGAGUGUAAAAGGUGACAGUACAAGAGCUGAAUGUGAUCUCCUCGCUAAGGAGCAGCUGGGUCACAUGUUGGGUGUCCUGCGGAAUGUUGCUGAUCUCAUCAAUGCCAUCAGCUGGCUGCCGUGGCAGUUCCUCUGGGCAGGGAAGCUUAAGCCCUGGCACAACGGCCUGCUAGGACUACUCUCUUCUCUUGUUUCCCUGACCUCCCGGUUGCUACUUUGACAUGCUGCUGUUGUGAGGUUGUUGUGAUGUGCAUCAGGUGGGAGGGCAGGUAGGUGAAUAGCCUCGAAGACACAGAGAAACAGAAAUAUAGGAAUGUUAGGGGCAGCAGUGCCGUUCCACAACCCGGUGAAUGUUAAAGAAUGCGACAGUGACUAACGGAAAAUAAUUUUAAGAGGAGUGGAGUGAUGGAUAUGAAUAGGGGGGGGGGGGGGGGGAGCACAUAAAAGGUGUCAAGAACAAAGUUGGCGGAUAAUUAUGGACAUAGGGAGAGCGUCUGGUAACUGCCCGAUAGCUCAACACACGGCCGUGGCCAGUCGCGUAGCUGAGGUUCACCUACCCCGUCGUAACACGUGCUGCUUGCUGCGGCACGUGUGCAUUGUGAAUUGCAUUGCUGUGCAAUGCACACAGAUGGUUGCGCCGCAUAGUGGCCAGUGAGAAAAAUGCUUCAAGGAGUAUCCGCAUAGUGUCUCCAUUUGUGUGGACGCGUUUCUGAUAUGUUGGCAGCUUUUAUUUACGCCAUGAAACUAAAACCAUUUAAAAGCAACAGGGUAUGUUGCGUGCCUCAGUGCAACAAUCGAGCGGUGAAGGAUGAAAUAAGUCUACAUUCCUUUCAAACGGACGCGCGUCUAAAAAGUAGUGGGCGGUGAAGCUCCCGAUCGGCAAGCAUGUGACUGCGCCAAUGAAGGUUUGUAUCGUGCACUUUGUUGAGGUCAAAGACUUCUGGAGCAGCAUCAGCAAAAUGCUAAUUGUCGACAUCGAUCACGAAUGCAUAAGCAUUAUGCUUGU